CUUCCUCUCCUCAGACUCAGACAGCGCGCGUGCUGCACCCCGCACACCACGCGUACAACCAGUCUAACUUGCUCGCAUAGACACGCGCACGCGGCCCAUGGAGGUGAGCGGCUCGCCGCAGGACCUCGGCGACAGCUUCUCCUACGGCUGGCUCAACCAGGCGCCGCUCUCCGUGGACCGCCUGGCCGCCGACGCCGGUCAGUAUUCCUUCGGCGGCUCCAGGUCCUCCUUCAUCGACAUGGAGGACCCCGCGGAGCUCUUCUCCAUGCGGUGGACCACGCCGACGGCGAGAGACUUUGACUUCGGCCUCCCGGUGCCGGCCGACGGUGGGGCCGCGUCCCCGGCGCAACUGGUCAGCGCCAGCCAGAUCUUCCGCGGCGGCCGGCUCCUCCCCUGCGAGCCCGGAGGCUGCUCCGGCACCUCUGUGCAAGAAGACGGCGACGGCUCGGUGGCCCGUCGCGCCAUGGACGCCGUGCGGCGGUUGUCGCCUCCGUCGUCGCCGCUGUUCCACUCGGCGCAGAGCACGCCGCUGUCGCUGAGCGCGUGCUCCAGCGCGACGAGCAAGCACGGCGGGCAGCGCCCGAUGGCGAGGCGGCGCCGCGGGUCGUCGCCGUGGAAGGUGCUGCUGAGGUACGUGCGGUUCCUGAUGCCGCUGUACCGGAAGGCGAGGGCGAGGCACGCACACAACAGGGUCGCGCCGGCGGGGAGCCCGUCGCGCGGGUCCACGUCGAGCGCCGUCGAGUGGUGCCACGGCAAUGCCGACACGGCCGUCCACGACGCCAUCCUCUACUGCAAGAAGUCCAGCGGAAAAGAUGCACUGCCAUGAAGGAGAUCGCAAGUCACCCAGCGCAUGAGUUCCUGAAUCUGUGUGUUCAAGCUCAAGCCCGUAUCCGAUUUUUAUUUUUGUGCGUGUUCUGAUCUUCAAAUGCCUUGGUGUGUGUGUAUAUAUGACAGUAUUACAGAUGUAUGCCUAAUUAACCGUGUAUGAAUGCUGUGUCUCAUGGA